AUGUUUAAAACAUUAUUAAGAAGUUCAACUCCAUUAAUUAGAGCAUCUAAAUGUUCAAUUACCCCCAUUUCAUAUUUUUCAACUUCCAGAGUUAUUGCCAAUUCAAUUUCUCAUAAAGUUAAUAAGGAUUCUCAUGUUUAUAAAUAUUUAAAUGAAGGUCCAAAAUCAGUUAAAUAUACUAGUGAACAUGAAUGGUUAGCAACAUUUGAUGAUGAUACUGCAUUUGUUGGUAUAACUAAAUAUGCAUCUGAAGCUCUUGGUGAUGUUACUUUUGUUGAAUUACCUGAAGUUGGUGAUCAAGUUGAAGUUGGUGAUACUAUUGGAUCCGUUGAAUCAGUUAAAUCUGCUUCUGAAAUUUAUUCUCCAGUUGCUGGUGAAGUCAUUAAUGUUAAUUUAAAUUUAGAAUCUGAACCAGCUUUAAUUAAUACUGACCCAAUUGGUAAUGGUUGGAUUGCUCAUAUUAAAUUAAAUAAUGUUGAAGAUGUUGAAGCUUCUGAAGAAUUAUUAACUGAAGAACAAUAUGAAGCUUCUUUAGAACAUGAAUAG